AGGUGUCCCCAUCAGAGUGCCCCCUUACAUCAUGUGUCUCCCCAUCAGAGUCCCCCUUACAUCAGCUGUCCCCAUCAGAGUGCCCCCCUUACAUCAGCUGUCCCCAUCAGAGUCCCCCUUACAUCAGCUGUCCCCAUCAGAGUGCCCCCUUACAUCAGGUGUCCCCAUCAGAGCGCCCCCUUACAUCAGUUGUCCCCAUCAGAGUGCCCCCUUACAUCAGGUGUCCUCAUCAGAGUGCCCCCUUACAUCAGGUGUCCCCAUCAGAGUGUGCCCCCUUACAUCAGGUGUCCCCAUCAGAGCUACCCCUUACUUCAGAGGUCCCUAUCAGAACAUUCCCUUACAUCAGGUGUCCCCAUCAGAGUCCCUCCUUAUAUCAGGUGCCCCCAAAAAAUCAGGUGUUCCCCUUAGGUGUCCCCAU